AUGAACAAGGAAUUUGUGCUCGACUUUUCUGGAAAAACUAUUGUUGUAACUGGUGGGAACCGCGGGACGGGCUAUGAGCUCAGCCGUGCAGUGGCAAGGGCAGGCGCAAAUGUCGCUAUCAUCUACCGCGCUACCCCUGACAACAAAAGCAAUGCAACCAAUGCCAUCGACAUAUCCGCCAUGCUCGCCCAGGCGUUUGGCGUAAAGGCUGCAGCAUACAACUGCGACGUCGCUGACGAGGUAGCAGUGAAAUCCACCCUAAGGACCAUCGAACAGGAAGUUGGACCUAUUGCUGGUCUCGUCGCUUAUGCUGGCGUCACCGUCGUCAAUCCCGCAUGGAACCUCACACCAGAAGACUUCCAAACGGUAUUCUCUGUAAAUGUCCUUGGGGUCUUUAACAGUUGCAAGGCUGUUGCUCAGCUAUGGCUCGAGCACCAACGUUCAGGCUCCAUAGUAAUCAACACUGCUCUUAGCUCGGAGCUUCUCAGCCAGACUUCAUCGAGUUCCCAACUCAAUCAGGUGUUUUAUGACUCGUCGAAAGCUGCUGUGAACCGUCUUGCCAGAGGACUGGCAGCAGAAUGGGCACCACAUUCGAUCCGUGUCAACGUCCUCAGCCCCGGCUAUGUGAACAUGCAGCCAGCAUCCACGGAAGCCACUCGUGAAGUACAAAAUGGAGAUAAGGUAUCGGAAAAGAGGGCGGCUCUACCCGAAGAAAUGGCCAGUCAGACCGUUCUCCUGUUAUCCGACUACGCUACCUAUAUUACGAGUGGAGAGUACUUCGCCGACGGUUUGUCGUUGACGAGCUCUUAG